UUUAAGGUUUCAUAGUGCAGGAUACAAUCAAUAAAAUACAAAGACCGAAAUAGCCCGAUAGGAAAAUCGCGGGAGGCAAUUGUUCAAUUAGACUGACCACAAUGUACUUACUGAUCUAUUCUUACACUGAGAAAACUGUAAGAGGACGUUUUGUGGAUACAAAAUAAGAAGUGAAAAAACAUGUCAGAAAAUGAUAUGGAAGAUGUUUCUUCAACGAGGUUAUCCUUUCAACAUUUUUCAUUGAUAGACUAUUCGGUUUUCGUGGUGAUGUUGGCAGUAUGUGGGGGAAUUGGUAUUUAUUUUGGAUUCGUCAAGAAGCAGAAUUCCGCCCAGGAAUAUUUGAUGGGCGGGCGGAAUAUGAAACUGGUUCCGGUCUGCUUUUCGUUAGUAGCUAGUUUUAUUUCAGGCAUCUCAUUAUUAGGAAUGCCGACGGAGGUUUACUUAUACGGGACUGCCUACAUUUUUACCCUCAUAGGAGCUUUGAUUAUGUGCAUAAUGUUCACACGCACAUUUAUACCCGUUUUCCAUGAAUUGCAACUAACAUCUGCAUAUGAGUACUUGGAGCUUCGAUACGAUAAACGGACCAGAGUUUUUGGAUCUGUUUUGUUCAGCGUCUUUUUGAUUGCUUGGUUACCUAUCGUCAUUUAUGUACCAGCGUUAGCCUUUAAUCAAGUUACUGGUGUCAAUAUACACAUUGUUUCACCAAUCGUGUGUAUCGUGUGCAUAUUUUAUACUUGUGUGGGCGGUCUAAAAGCAGUUGUGUGGACUGAUGUCAUUCAAACAAUAGUUAUGAUUGGUGCGAUGAUUUUAGUAAUAAUCAAAGGUACUAUAAUUGUGGGUGGAGUUGAAGAAGUUUUUAGGAGAAAUUGGAAAACGUCCAGAAUUGAAUUCCCAAGUUUUAGCUUUGACCUGACGGAGAGACACUCAAUUUGGUCUGUCUCCAUUGGAUCAACAUUCUACUGGGUCGGAAGUAUUGCCGUCAAUCAAUCCAUGAUGCAACGUUUUCUAGCAUUGCCAGAACUAAAAACGUCCAUACGGGCAGUAUGGGGAUUUCUAUGCGGCGUAUUUGUUAUCGCAAUGAUUUGUGGAUAUAGUGGACUUCUGGCCUACGCCAGAUAUUAUGAAUGCGAUCCUUUAAACUCUAAGCUAGCAUUGGCGAAGGAUCAGGUCCUGCCUCUAUUAGUGAUGGACGUUCUUGGAGAGUGGAAGGGUUUGCCUGGUAUUUUUGUAGCGGGGGUGUUUAGCGCUGCUUUAAGCUCUUUAUCAACUGGCCUGAACUCCAUGGCUGCGGUUGUAUUGGAAGACUUUUGGAAACCAUUUUUCCGAAAACUAAGCCAUAGAGAAACACAGUUUCUUGUGAGAGCUGUAGUUGUUAUUCUGGGCUGCAUUUGUGUUGGCUUGGUAUUCGUGGUUGAAAAACUCGGUUCGGUGUUACAAUUAACAAUGAGCCUUUCAUCUGCGUCGAUGGGACCGCUUGCAGGAAUAUUUUUAAUGGGCUUGUUUUUGCCUUUCAUCGAUGGUGUCAGUGCACUGAGUGGUGGUAUAGUGGGUCUAACGUCAGCGUGGUGGGUUGCGGCGCAAUCACAACUGGCUCAAGCUAGGGGUCAGCUUGUUUUUGAGGAAAAAGAACGAUUUACAUUUAAUUGCACCUACACAUUUGCACCACCCCCGGAAAAGGAUCCGGUUGAUUUAGAAGUGCCAUUUUUGUAUCGGAUCUCAUAUCUGUGGUUCACUGCGUUUGGGUGUACGGUGACGAUGGUGGUGGCCUGUCUUGUCAGCUUGAGGCCUACAGCACGGAGGCAGCAUGAUCACAGGCUCUUCGCACCAUUUCUCAGGCCGUGGGUGCUAACCAAGAAUGAGGUGAAUCAAAUGGAUAUUUUAAAAAGUACAUCGAGGUGACAACGUGGACGUUUUUAUAAAUGCAUUUAGUAUAACUAGGUACAAUUUAAAUUCUGAGUUGAUUCUUGCAGGACUAUAGCUAUUAAAAUGGCCAGCUAGUUCGUGUUAUUAGUCCAAUUAAUGUACCGCUAAUGUAAAUAAAGAAAUUAACAUAAUACCUCAUGUUGUCGAUUGUAAUUUGUAUGUACCUUUAAUUGCUUGGGUGCCUGAUGUAUAAAACUAUCUAUCGCAAAAUUCCGUCAAUCAAUCUGUAAACCGAUCGGUACCUACCACAAUAUUUUAUCACGAUAUUUGUAACUUAAUAGUUUUGUUCGAUUACAUUAUUAUUAAAAAAAUAUAUGUGAAUCGCUUCUACGUAU